CUCUAUCUUAAAUUCUGUAUUUGUUGUUUUGCCAAAUCUGUUCUGUAAUGCCACUUUCUCACAUCUAUAUCUCACUUCACCUUACACCGAUUAUAAUAAUGGAAAGGAAGUGAUGCAAACUUCUCACCGUCCCCGCAAUUACUCUCCUCCCCUCCCUCUGUCACCAGCAGCAAGAAACAAAUCCAAUAAAGAAAAAAAAAAACUAAGGCAGCAAGCAAGCAAGUAGCAGACAGUGUUCCUUCUUCAAACACGCAUCAAUGGCGGCAGCAACAGAAUCAAGUUGAUCAGAGAGAUGAUGGCCCCAUAUAUUAGGCCCCGCAGAACAAGAACGAAACAGAGCAAGUCAGCUGAUUUCCUUCCUUCCUUCACAUGCUCUUUCCUUCUCCUGCGCUAUAUUAAAAAAACCAGGUCGCAUUCAUUGAGUCAAAUCUCAAGAGAGGGAACACAGAACCCUGCAUGGCUGAUUAGAUUAAGCUUUCUAAUCUAAGCUAAUCAUAUGGUGGAUUACUUUAUUGUUUUAUCUUACUUGGGUUUCCGCAGCUUCUUCUUCUUUCCAUGUGAUGCUUCUCUUCCAAGGGAAUACAGCUCAUUCUCGCCAUUCAUCAUUACCCAAUUCAUUAUUUCCCAUCAUUCAUCAAGUGUCAACUAACUCCCCCAUCUUUCCCCAUCACUGUUCCUUUUCUGGGUUCAAGAGAUUGAGAUUGGAUUGUGGGUAUGAACAAAUAGAGUUUGAGAUCCCCUGCAUUUCCCUGAUGUGAGUCACCGACCAAGUCUUGUAGCAGCAGCAACCAGAGAAGGCCAUGGUGGAAAUGAAGAUUCUUUCAUUCAUUCUCUCUGCAUUUCUCAUCAUUGCUUCAGUUUCACUCCCAGUUACCAAAUCCGAGCCAUACGAGGACAAAGAAGCAUUGCUAGACUUCAUAAGAAACAUUCACUACUCCCACUCGCCAAACUGGGACACAAACUUCCCAGCAUGCUUCCUCUGGACAGGAGUCACCUGCAACAGCGACAACUCUCGGGUCGUAGCUCUCCGAUUGCCCGGAAUGGGGCUCCGCGGCUCGAUCCCUUCCAACACGCUGAGCCGCCUCUCCUCGCUCCAAAUCCUCAGCCUGAGAUCCAACGCGAUCUCAGGCGAUUUCCCUUCGGAUUUCUCCAACCUCAGAAACCUGACAUCCCUCUACCUGCAGUCCAACAACUUCACCGGCUCGUUACCAUCCGACUUCUCGGUAUGGAACAACUUGACCGUUCUUGACCUCUCAGGAAACAGAUUCGAAGGCAGCAUUCCUCCUUCCAUCUCGAAAUUGAACUACUUGACAUCUCUAAACCUCUCCAACAACUCCCUCACGGGCGAAAUCCCGGACAUCAACAUCCCCAGCUUGCAGCAGAUCAACCUCACAAACAAUCACCUCACCGGCAUUCUCCCCAAUUCGCUCAUGAGGUACCCGAGCUCAGCAUUCUCCGGCAAUGAGCUGUCUUCACAAAUUGCAAUCCCACCUGCCACCUCUGCUGAAACUCCAAUUCCUCAGCCGGUGAGGAAAUCGGGAAGGAAGUUGACCGAGCCAGCCAUACUUGGGAUUGUGCUCGGCAGCUGUGUCCUGGCGUUUGCAGCGAUCGCCCUGUUGAUGAUAUGCAGCUACUCUAGUACGAGAAAGGAGAAUAAGAACGAUGGAGGAUUGCCUACCACGACGAUUUCCACCGCUGCCAAGUCGAAGGACAAAGGCGAGCCUGCUCUGAAGCUGAAGAAGAAGGAUGGUGGUGGUGGUGAUAGUAAGAACAACAGGUUGGUGUUCUUCGAAGGGUGCAGCCUUGCAUUUGACUUGGAGGACUUGCUGAGGGCGUCAGCGGAGGUGCUAGGGAAGGGGAGCUACGGGACGACUUAUAAGGCUGCGUUGGAGGAUGCGACGACGACAGUGGUGGUGAAGAGGUUGAAGGAGGUGGGAGUCGGGAAGAAGGAGUUCGAAGGGCAGAUGGAGGUGGUUGGUGGGAUUAGCCAUGAGAAUGUGUGUGCUUUGAGGGCGUAUUACUACUCCAAGGAUGAGAAGCUGAUGGUGUAUGAUUUCUACGACAGGGGAAGUGUCUCUGUUCUGCUGCAUGGCAAAAGAGGGGAAGGCAGGACACCAUUAGACUGGGAAACCAGAAUGAGGAUUGCCAUAGGCGCAGCAAGGGGAAUCCUCUGCAUCCACAGCACACGCCAAUCCGCCGCCAAGCAGCUCGUCCACGGCAACAUAAAGGCCUCAAACAUCUUCCUAAACUCCGACAACUACGGCAGCAUCUCCGACGUCGGACUAGCCACGCUGAUGACUCCAACCCCGGCACCAGCACCAGCGCCACACAGAGCAUCCACAGGGUACCGUGCCCCCGAAGUAACCGACCCGCGCAAGGCAACCCCUGCAUCCGACGUCUACAGCUUCGGCGUCCUCCUCCUCGAGCUCCUCACCGGGAAAUCCCCAACCAAUUCCUCCUCCGGGGGAGAAGAAGUCGUUCACUUGGUGAGAUGGGUGAACUCCGUGGUGAGGGAGGAGUGGACCGCCGAGGUGUUCGACGUGGAGCUUCUGAGGUAUCCUAAUAUUGAGGAAGAGAUGGUGGAGAUGCUGCAGAUUGGGAUGAACUGCGUGGUGAGAAUGCCGGACCAGCGGCCGAAGAUGGUCGACGUGGUGAAGAUGGUGGAAGGGAUCCGACGUGCAGGAGGUAGUGUUAGUGUUAGUCCCGGAGAUGGUCGAGGAUUCGGGUCGGAUUCCGGCGUGGAGAUCACCAUGUCGACUCCGACCCCGCCGGGGUCGGAUCGUGCCGGUAGCUCUUCAGCCAUACAUUAGAUGUUCAAUAAUUUGAGUUUUGGUAAUUCAUUAUGGGUGCUGGAAUUGGUCACCAAAUCCCCAGUCAAGACUGAGGCAAGUUGGGAGCUUGUGUAGGGUGUAGUCUGGAGGCUUUUUUUUUUCUUUUCUUCUUGUGUUGUUAUGUGAUGGCAUGUGAGAUUUUUUCUGAGAUGUAUAAAACUAAUGGAUUAGUUCUGAUUCAAACAAAAUUCACUUCCCUGCA